AGCCGUUGUCAAGGACUGGCUAGCCACGAUGGUACAGUGGUUAGGCUUGGGCAGCUGUGUGCCAGAGCAGAGGGUUCCCCCCGCCCAGACUUUCUUGACAGGAGGUGCAGCUAAUCUCUGGAGAGCAAAGAGUGCUGCCCUCCAAGUCCAGGGUGUUGAUAUCCAGGAUUGGGAUGUCUUUGCCAGAACCCUGGAGCAGGCCUUUGGGCACCAGGAUCCAGAGCAGAAUGCAAGGGACAAGUUGGAUGUCCUCAAGCAGACUGGCUCAGUGGAGGAUUAUGCUGACAAGUUUCAGUCUUUGCUGGCUGAGAUUGUUGCCAUGCCUCCCUCAGAGGGUGACUUGCUGCAGAAGUUCAGAAAUGGGCUUAAGGCAGACAUUCAGAUGGCAGCAAGCAUUGACCCUGUCACAGGCACUAGGUGGAUGAAUUUGCAGAAGUUCAUUUCUCUUGCUUGUGCUACUGAUGCUUCUAGGGCCCAGACUACUAAGGGGAAGCAGGCCAGUGACAAGUCAGAGCAGGGAAAGUCCUCUUGUUCAAUGGCUAGUUACAAGGAUAAGCUCAAGGGCAAGAGGCCCCAUGAGUCAUCCCAGAGCCAGCCAGCCAAGAAGUCUAAGACAAGCCAAAAUAAGCAGAAGUCAGAGCAGAAGGCUAAAGAUUGGGAGCACAACUUCGCGUGCUUCCUUUGCCACAAGCCAGGCCACAGGGCUAAGGAGUGCCCUGAUAAGCCUAAGAACAGCAGAGUGGAUUUUGCGAAGGCCAAGUAA